AUGAAGGUGAAAGGACGGCACUAUCAAUUUAAAUUUGUCAAAUCCCAAAGCGACGUAGAAAUAAAUGCCUGCCAACUGCACUCGAAUUUGGCGGCUCAGCCUUCUCACCACUCCAUCCACCCUUACCCAAAAGAGGAGCAGAAAGUAGGAAGGAAUGUUCACUCUUUUCCUCAUUGUCUGACCCCAGGAAACUGGAAAGAGAGCUACAAACCCCAAAAAGAAAGAUUCAGAUUUUUAGAGCAUGAAAAUCUUUCCCGCCAGCAAGGUUGGAGGAAUACUAGCCCUCAGACAUAUGAGAACCGAAACUAUGUGGAAACUAUUCAAGGGAUAGAUUCCAAAGACCUAAAGCAGCAAGAUCUUUCCCACCAUCAAGAAUGGUUAAUAGUCUCUACACAAGUACCAGGUUAUAGGAACUAUGAACUGACUUUUGAAGGCAAAAGUCCCAGAAACUUAAAAUAUACAAAGUUUAUACCUUGGCAAUCCUUAGAAACAAAACAAACUCAAGACAGUGGUAGAGAAAUGUAUGUGAGAGAUUCACAUGGUUUUUAAGGAAGCAGGUAUCAUAUUAGCAUAUGCAGGAAAAAUCUCUCCAUUGAAAAAACCCAGAAGCUCAUAGUUCCUUCUUAUGUCCCAAUGGAGGAAAUUCUUCCAAAGUACAUUGAGGAGUUAUGCCUAAAUGACCUACUGAAAGAUACUAUGGAAGAGAAAUACUGUGGAUGUAAUAAAUGUAAGGAAACUUAUUAUUGGAACUCACAGUAUAUUCUCCACAAGAGAAAUCAACUUGGAGAAAAGUUUUAUCAGUGCUCCCUCAACACAGCAUGUUUCUUUGAGGGAUCAGACCUAUACAGACAUCCAAGAAUCCACAUAGGUAAGAAGUUGUACAGAUGUGAUGAAGUUGACAGUAACUUUAGUCAGAGCAUAGGUGUUCAGUUUUGUCAGAGAGUCCACACAGAAGAGAAACUCUAUAAACUUGACUGUGGUAAGGACUUCAGUAGAAAUUAAUUACUUCACAUUCACCAGAGACUUCACAUAGGAGAGAAGCCUUUUAAGUGUGGUCAGUGUGGCAGGAGUUUUAGUCAGAGUUCAGUACUUCAUGUGCAUCAGAGAGUCCACAUAGGAGAGAAACCAUAUGAAUGUGAUGAAUGUGGUAAGGCCUUCAGCCAGAGCUCUAAUCUUAGAAUUCAUCAGUUAGUUCACACAAGAGAGAAGUCCUAUAAAUGUGAUGACUGUGGUAAGGGCUUUAUCCAGCGCUCAAAUCUUCAAAUUCAUCAGAGAUUCCAUACAGGAGAGAAGCCUUAUAAAUGUGACACUGGGAAGGACUUUAGUCACAGCUCAGAUCUUCGCAUUCAUCAGAGGGUCCAUACGGGGGAGAAACCCUGUAUUUGUCAUGAAUGUGGGAAGAGCUUCAGCAAGAGUGUAAAGCUUCCCACUCCAAGAGUACAUACUGGAGAGAAACCCUAUAAAUGUGAACAAUGUGGAAAGGGAUUUAGUCAGUGUUCACAUCUCAUUCAUCAGAGAGUCCAUACAGAAGAAAAAACCUAUAAAUGUGAUGCUUGUGGAAAGAGCUUUAGUCACAGCUCUAAUCUUCACAUUCAUCAGAGAGUCCACACAUGAGGGAAGCCUUAAUGUGCUAACAGUGGUAAGGGUUUCGGUCAUAGCUCAGCUCUUUGAAUUCAUCAAAAAGUCCACACAAGAGAGAAACCCCAUAAAUGCCAUGAGUAUUAUAGGGGAUUUGAUCAGAAUUCACAUCUUCAGAAUAAUCACAAUAAAGAUAACGUAUAAUUCUGUUCAUUUAACAGCUUUAAUCAAAGCUCAAUCUUAAGCCAAAUACAUGCUACUAGGAAAGCAAAUUCUAUAAAUAAACCAAGCAACAUUUAGUUUUGCCUAACACUCAUUAAGA